UAUUGUAUUCAGCAAAUCACAGCAUCUAAGGGUGAAGGAUGGUGGGUGUUGUAGUCCAAUGACCUCUGCAGCUCUUUCUUUCCUCAUCUUCAAUAGCUAUGAAUUCCUAAUUUCCAUUUAGAGGUCCAGAUUAGCACAUCUUUUUUUUUAACCUGGAUCUUUAUUUUGGGUCUUUUGGCCUCCCCUUGAGGGGGUGACGGUUUUUUGCGGUCCCCGGUUGGGGGAACUUUGGCAUCGCUCGGCCGCGCCCCCGUCGCCCCCUCCCUGCAGCUCUUCAGUGAAGGGGUUAAAGGCAGAGAACUUUUGCGCCCAGAGUGGAGGCAGGAAAAGGGGGAACCCAGUUUCCUUCCCCUCUCUGAUCUCCAGAUGUCUCUUACGCCAAGUGCUGCGGGGAUCCCCGCUCGGGGAGAGGUGCUCAAGGGCUGCCAGGCAAAGCGGAUGCCAAUAAGAGAACUCCGGACAACUGAGAAUAACAAGCAAUGUUAAAAAGGGAAAUCAAUGAAGCCAGAAAUCAAAACAUUUCCAUUUCCUUCAGAAACCCACAAAAUUCUCCUUCUUCCCCAGCAGGUAAUCAAGAAGAGAUUUCGAACUGGAAAAAGUAGAGUAUGCAGAACACAAGGAUACAUUACAGGCAGUCCUUGUCUGACAACACUUCAUUUAGUAACUAUUCGAAGUGACAGUGGCUCUGAAAAACCUGACUUAAGACCAUUUUUCACACUUAUGACUACUGCUGCAGCCCCAUGGUCACAUGAUCUAUAUUUAAAUUCUUGGCAUCUAACUCACAUUUAUGACGAUUGCCCUAUUCUAGGGUCACGUGAUCCCAUUUUGCAGGUCCACAGAUGGGCAAAAUGUGUAGCAGUCUACUGCUAUAUAUUUCAAAUCAUAACUGAGUGUGCACGAAAUGAUCCACAUUGGAGAAAAACAAUAUUAAUAUGGCCAAAGCUUUAGUCAGAACUGUUCCUUGUGGUUGGUUCAUGGAGGGACCCACAUAGGGAAGGAGCACUACAUGUACUCCCAAUGAAGUGAGCUUGGCAACUUGGUGAUACAUUAGAGAACACACCAGGGAGAAUCCUGUUUGUGGGAAAAGCUUCAGUUUGAACUCCAGCCUGGUAAUAUCUUAGAGGAUGCAAACAAAAAAGAAAUCAUAUGAAUGUCCUGAUUGCGGGAAAGGUUUCAGCAAGAAUUCCAUCCUGUUGAGACACCAGAGGACUCACACAGGAGAGAAACCCUUUGAAUGUCCUGAAUGUGGGAAAGGUUUCGGUCACAAUUCCCACUUGGUGGUACACCAAUUGCUUCACACAGGAGAGAAACCCUUUGAAUGUCCUGAGUGUGGGAAAAGUUUCAGCAGCAAUUCCCACCUAGUGAUACACCAGAGGACUCACACAGGAGAGAAACCCUUUGAAUGUCCUGUGUGUGGGAAAGGUUUCAGUCAGAAUUCCAGCCUAGUGAUACACCAGAGGACUCACACAGGAGAGAAACCCUUUGAAUGUCCUGACUGUGGGAAAGGUUUCAGUACGAAGUCCAACCUGGUGAUACACCAGAGGACUCACAAAAGAGAGAAACCUGUUGAAUGUCCUGUUUGUGGGGAAAGCUUCGGUCACAAUUCCCACUUGGUGGUACACCAAUUGCUUCACACAGGAGAGAAACCCUUUGAAUGUCCUGAGUGUGGGAAAAGUUUCAGCAGCAAUUCCCAGCUAGUGAUUCACGAGAGGACUCACACAGGAGAGAAACCCUUUGAAUGUCCUGACUGUGGGAAAGGUUUCAAUACGAAGUCCAACCUGGUGAGACACCAGAGGACUCACACAGGAGAGAAACCCUUUGAAUGCCCUGUUUGUGGCAAAGGUUUCGGUCACAAAUCCCACUUGGUGGUACACCAAUUGCUUCACACAGGAGAGAAACCCUUUGAAUGUCCUGACUGUGGGAAAGGUUUCAGUCAGAAUUCCGAGCUAGUGAUACACCAGAGGACUCACACAGGAGAGAAACCAUUUGAAUGUUCUGACUGUGGGAAACAUUAUAGUCGGAAUUCCUACCUGGUGAGACACCAGAGGACUCACACGGGAGAGAAACACUUUGAAUGUCCUGAGUGUGGGAAAUGUUUCAGUUGCAAGUCCACCCUGUUCAGACACCAGAGGACUCACACAGGAGACAAACCCUUUGAAUGUCCUGAGUGUGGGAAAUGUUUCAGUCAGAAUUCCUACCUAAUGAUACACCAGAAGACUCACACAGGAGAAAAACCCUUUGAAUGUCCUGACUGUGGGAAAGGUUUCAGUCACAAAUCCAUCCUGAUGAGACACCAGAGGACUCACACAGGAGAGAAACCCUUUGAAUGUCCUGUUUGUGGGAAAGGUUUCAGUCAGAAUUCCAACCUAGUGAAACACCAGAGGACUCACACAGGAGAGAAACCCUUUGAAUGUCCUGUCUGUGGGAAAGGUUUCAGUAAGAAGUCCAACCUGGUGAGACACCAGAGGACUCACACAGGAGAUAAACCCUUUGAAUGUCCUGUUUGUGGCAAAGGUUUCGGUCAGAAAUCCCACUUGGUGGUACACCAAUUGCUUCACACAGGAGAGAAACCCUUUGAAUGUCCUGACUGUGGGAAAGGUUUCAGUCAGAAUUCUGAGCUAGUGAUACACCACAAGACUCACAAAAGAGAGAAACCCUUUGAAUGUCCUGUUUGUGGGAAAAGCUUCGGUCACAAUUCCCACUUGGUGGUACACCAAUUGCUUCACACAGGAGAGAAACCCUUUGAAUGUCCUGAGUGUGGGAAAAGUUUCAGCAGCAAUUCCCACCUAGUGAUACACCAGAGGACUCACACAGGAGAGAAACCCUUUGAAUGUCCUGUCUGUGGGAAAGGUUUCAGUCAGAAUUCCAGCCUAGUGAUACACCAGAGGACUCACACAGGAGAGAAACCCUUUGAAUGUCCUGACUGUGGGAAAGGUUUCAGUACGAAGUCCACCCUGGUGAUACACCAGAGGACUCACAAAAGAGAGAAACCCUUUGAAUGUCCUGUUUGUGGGAAAAGCUUCGGUCACAAUUCCCACUUGGUGGUACACCAAUUGCUUCACACAGGAGAGAAACCCUUUGAAUGUCCUGAGUGUGGGAAAAGUUUCAGCAGCAAUUCCCAGCUAGUGAUUCACGAGAGGACUCACACAGGAGAGAAACCCUUUGAAUGUCCUGACUGUGGGAAAGGUUUCAAUACGAAGUCCAACCUGGUGAGACACCAGAGGACUCACACAGGAGAGAAACCCUUUGAAUGUCCUGUUUGUGGCAAAGGUUUCGGUCACAAAUCCCACUUGGUGGUACACCAAUUGCUUCACACAGGAGAGAAACCCUUUGGAUGUCCUGACUGUGGGAAAGGUUUCAGUCAGAAUUCUGAGCUAGUGAUACACCAGAGGACUCACACAGGAGAGAAACCAUUUGAAUGUUCUGACUGUGGGAAACAUUAUACUCGGAAUUCCUACCUGGUGAGACACCAGAGGACUCACACGGGAGAGAAACACUUUGAAUGUCCUGAGUGUGGGAAAUGUUUCAGUUGCAAGUCCACCCUGUUCAGACACCAGAGGACUCACACAGGAGACAAACCCUUUGAAUGUCCUGAGUGUGGGAAAUGUUUCAGUCAGAAUUCCUACCUAAUGAUACACCAGAAGACUCACACAGGAGAAAAACCCUUUGAAUGUCCUGACUGUGGGAAAGGUUUCAGUCACAAAUCCAUCCUGAUGAUACACCAGAGGACUCACACAGGAGAGAAACCAUAUUCUUGUCCAUAUUGUGGGGAAUGUUUCAUUACAAAAUUCUACGUCAUGAGUCACCAGAGAACUCAUAUAGGAGCGAAACUGUCUGAAUGUACUAUUUGUGGCAAAGGUUCCACUCAGAAUUCUAGCUUCAUGAAACAUCAGAAGUCUCACACCGUAGAGAAACCCUUUGAAUGUCUUGACUGUGGAAAAGGUUUGAUUUCAAAAUUACAGCUCACAAAUCACCAGAUGAUACACACAGGAGAGAAUGCUUUUGAAUGUGCUGACUGUGGGAAAAGUUUCACCAAGAGUUCCAGUCUGGUUAAACACCAGAGGACUCACACAGGGGAGAAACCGUACGAGUGUCCUGUUUGUGGCAAAAGUUUCAGUCAGAAUUCCAAUAUGGUGAUUCACUGGAGGUCACAUGAAAAACACUGAAUGCCCUAUUUAGCGAAAAGUUUUCAUUUCAAUUCAAACCUAGUGAAACACCAGGGGACUCACAUGGGAGCGCCUUUCAAAUGGCCAGUCUGUGGAUAAUCCUUUUGGCCAAAAUGACUCCUUAUCGCAGGGGUGUCAAACUAGAUUUUAUUGAGGGCUGCAUCAUGGUUCUGUUUGACCUAGGUGGAGGGCUGUGGUGGAAGUGGACAGGAGGGCAUAGCUAUCUUAACGUCACUUGGGUUGGGUCCCCUGUGGAAGCCCGAGUGCUUUGCCAACAAAAAUUGGAUCCUGAGUUCCAUUUUCAGCUGCAGUGGCCUCCUGCAACCCUCUACCAAUGAAAAUGGAGGUCGGGAGGGUCUCCUGCGUCCCCCGCAACCUCCAUUUUUAGUUGCAAUGGCCUCCUGCAACCCUCUGCCAGUGCAAAUGCUGGCAGAGGCACCAUGGACCAGUCCGCUGUUUUCACGACAGCCCACGGGCCGGAUUUAACCACCCUGUGGCCCGCAUCUGACCCUGGUCUUUGAGUUUGACACCCCUUCCUUAUUGCAUACAACUCAAUAUAUAUGAGGCAAAAGUUGAUGAGUUUGGAGAAGGUUUGAAUUUCAUUUCUGAACUCCUGUUGAGAGUGUAGGUGAGAACACUGAAUACUCAUCUGAAUACUGGCUGAUCAUUUUGCUGAAUUACCCUCACCGCUUGCUCCUCCUGAUGAAGCCAUCAAAUGAACGGGGAAAUUGUUAAACUCAACAGUGGCUACUUCAGAGUUUGGAGAAUCCCACCCUUGGGUCCUCCUAGGCCGCUCCCUUCCAUCGGAGCGGUGAGUACUGCCACUUGUGUACUGGACCCGUGUCCCUCCUGGCUGGUCGCGAACAGCAAGGAGGUGACGCAGAGCUGGA